UUAGCAACUCCUGCAUCUGCAACUUUCCGCCCAUAACAAUGGCUUUGACGAGGCCUUGCCUUCUUCCAGUGCUCAUGUUUGUGGGUGUUCUUGCAUCCGUAGCUCUCGCCCAACAGGGGAAGAUCGCAGUCAUUGGCACCGUGCCAUGCAGCACCGCCACCGCCACCGCCACCGUCUCAGCGAAAUCAAUGCCUGCCUUUCCAAAUGCGACGGUGCAGGUACGGUGUGGGAGCAGUGUGAUCGCCAGCACCACCACCAACAGCAAUGGAGCAUUUGCGAUGCUACUGAGUGAACAAACCUCGACUGUGUCCGACCUUUUGAGUAGCUGCAAGCUAGUCAUCCCCACCCCUGUCUCCACCUGCGACGCGUCGCUCCGGGCCACCGGGAACCUGCAGUCGCCCCUCCAACUUCUCUCAGGUACUGGUCUCGACGGCCUUCUUGGGAACAAAAGCUUGCUCGGUGACAUUUUCGGUAAAGGCGGAUUGCUCGGUGGAAUUCUGGGAGGUGAUGGCCUUCUUGGUGGAAUUCUUGGCCCGUCCAAGUUCACCGUAGCUAGGAACUGAGAAAGAAGACAGCGUUAUAUGAUCCGUCAUACGAACUUAAAAUACGUCCAUCUGCAUGCCUAUGUAUCCUCGGACUCCACUACAAACGAUAUGUUCCCUUAGCGAGCUUGAUGCUGGGAACACUAUGACCUUAUGUACCUUCUCAUAUCAGACUAUGAAUAAAAGUUAAAGCUUCAACAUGAAA